AUGGGUGAAAGGCCUUAUAUGUGUGACUACCCAGAUUGCGGGAAAGCCUUUGUUCAGAGUGGGCAGCUCAAAACUCACCAGCGUCUCCACACAGGGGAGAAACCUUUCGUCUGCUCAGAGAACGGCUGUUUAAGCAGAUUCACCCAUGCAAACCGUCAUUGCCCCAAACAUCCAUAUGCUCGACUGAAGAGGGAAGAGCUCACAGACAGGUUGAGUAAGAACCAGACGGCUGACAAUAAAGCUGUGGCUGAAUGGCUAGCAAAAUACUGGGAGACUAGAGAGCAGCGUGCUCCUGCUUUGAAAACUAAAGCAAUCCAGAAAACUGAUCAGGAACAGCAGGACCCCAUGGAAUAUCUGCAGUCUGAUGAAGAAGAUGAUGAAGAGAAGAACGGAGCUCACUCAGCUGCAGGCCGCCGCCGUCUCCAGGAACAGCGUGAACGCAUGCAUGGUGCACUGGCUCUCAUCGAGCUUGCAAACCUCGCUGUGGCACCGCUGCGGCAGUAGAGAGCAACAGAGUCUGCCUAUACACACUUCCUGGUGGUACUUAACCAGAUAGAUUCCAGUAAUAAGCUAAGCACCUUAUUUGCUUAUCAUAGGCUGCUAUUCUGUAGAAUUAAUGAAGAAUGUUGUUGCCCCAUAACAUGGGGUGAGAGAAUUGCACUUUUUGUAAGGUAAAAGACAGAUGUAAAGUUUAAAAGUAUUUUGUAAAUAUAGCACUGCAUAAUGCAGGGUUGACAAAUUUACAUGUUGUGGG